AUGGUAGACACAGGGGAUUCAAACGCUGAUCUGUCUUGGAUGUACUUCAAUACCCCAGGCACAGCUAACGACAGAUGGAAUGGACAUAACUGUAAUGUUCUAUGUAGUUAUUUGGUUCCGACAUCAUUCAACAUAGGAGACGACAUGAGAAGCCAUAAUCUGACUGUACAUUUAAGCACGGGGAAUUCUGACGCUGAUCUGUCUGGGAUGUCAUUCUCCACCACAGACAGAUAUCACGACAGGAGCAGUGGAGGUAACUGUGCUACUAUCAGGGACGGAGGCUGGAUAUAUAUCAACUGUGAACAGUACAUUAUAAACACGGGGAAUUCUGACGCCGAUCUGUCUGGGAUGUCAUUCUCCACCACAGACAGAUAUCACGACAGGAGCAGUGGAGGUAACUGUGCUGCUAUCAGGGACGGAGGCUGGAUAUAUAUCAACUGUGAACAGUACAUUAUGACCACGGGGAAUUCUGACACUGAUCUGUCUGGGAUGUCAUUCACCAACACAGACAGAGAUAACGACUAA